ACAGCAUGAGAAAGAAAUUCUAGCCUGGAUAUACCUUAAAAAUAAUUUUUUAAAAAAAUCAAAUGUGUAGGGGCAUUCUGGUAAUUGUGUAAAUGCAGUUCCCUCUCUUGGUAAUUCUGUAGUCUACUAUUUGACAAAAAAACUCUUUCGUCUCCUAUGUUCAACGCUUUCACCUUUCUCUGCUGUAUUCUCUCUUCUGAUGUGUAUCCAAACAAGCGCAAGAAUGUCACUCCAAACUUCUUCUUUGUGAUCUCCGGACCAUUAUCAACUCUCUUUCCACAUUCCUUCUUCACAUUUUCCACUCCCUUUUAAGCUCCGAUUCCUCUCAGGUGCAUGCUUUUUUUGCUUUCUCUGUUCAAUCAUGGAUCCUAAGAAACUUGCAUUGCCAGACCAGGUACUUUCACCCAGAAGAAAGGUCGUUUCUGGCCUUGUUUUGUGGAUUGGUGCUUCUCUUAUUAUACUUUCUCUGCUUUUGUUUAGUAAUUCUUUCAAGGGUCGUGUAGUCGCGCCUUUACUUCAGGGGUUCAAUACUGUUAGUGUCAAUUCUUCUUUUGUUUCAUGGCGUUUCUCAUUUCCAACUACUCAUCUACCUUCUUCUGUUACUAGUAAUGAUACUGGCGCUAAGGAAACGUAUAGUUCUGAGGAUUUGAUUGCAAAAGCCCCUGAUGCGGAUGCAUCACAGGUCCAGGUCUUAGUAAAGAAAUUCCAUUUGGGAAAUUCAACUGAAAAUGUUAAAAAUAGAAGCAUGACAGUUGACGAAGGCACAGUUCUAGAGCAAACCCAGGAAGCAAAAGGUGGAAAUAUCUCAGAUCCUAGUGGGAAUGGAAGUGUUUUAGACGGUACCCAUUUGGGUAAUUUUUCUGAUACGGUAAAGAACGUAAACUUGCCUGGUGAAGAAGGAAUUCUAAUUAGGAAUUUUAGCCUCACUGGCGAUGGAUGUAAGGAUGCAAACAUAAGUACCGCUGGGAAGUCUCUAACAAAUUCCAGUACUGAAAACAAUACAGUUGUUAAAUAUAGCGAUAAGGGCAAUUUGUUACACAAAGAAGUUGGUAUAUACCCUGGUGGAGAAGAAGAAAAUCAAAAUGCAAGUUUUGAGACAUGCAACAUAUUCGAUGGGCGGUGGGUGAAGGAUGAUUCUAAGCCUUACUAUCCUGCAGGCUCUUGUCCUCAUAUUGAUAGGGAUUUUAAUUGUUAUCUUAAUGGGAGGCCCGAUGAUGGAUUUGUUAAAUGGAAAUGGCAGCCAAAUGAGUGUAACAUCCCAAGUUUGAAUGCAACUGAUUUUCUGGAGAGGUUAAGAGGACAGAAGUUGGUUUUUGUUGGGGAUUCACUGAAUCGGAACAUGUGGGAGUCCCUUGUAUGCAUCCUUCGCCAUAGCAUCAGAAACAAGAAAAGAGUCUAUGAGAUCUCUGGAAGGAGAGAAUUCAAAAAGAAAGGCUUCUAUGCUUUUAGAUUUGAGGACUAUAACUGUACGGUGGAUUUUGUUGGUUCUCCAUUUCUUGUUAGGGAAUCAUCCUUCAAUAAUAAAAAUGGAACAUUUGAGACCUUGAGGUUGGACUUGAUGGACCAUGCAACUAAAAUGUAUCAAGAUGCUGACAUCAUAGUUUUCAAUACAGGUCAUUGGUGGACCCAUGAGAAAACUUCUAGAGGAGAAGACUAUUAUCAAGAAGGUAACUAUGUACACCCAAGGCUCAAGGUCUUGGAAGCAUAUAGGAGAGCACUUCUGACUUGGGCCAGAUGGGUUGACAAGAACAUAGACAGCAAUCAAACCCUUGUUUUUUUCAGAGGAUACUCAGUUACCCAUUUCAGAGGUGGACAGUGGAAUUCAGGAGGGCAGUGUCACAAAGAAACAGAGCCAAUAUUUAAUGCAGCUUACUUAGCAAAGUACCCUUCCAAAAUGAGAGCUUUUGAGCACGUGCUUCUAGAUAUGAAAAGUCCAGUUAUAUAUUUAAACAUAAGCAGGCUGACAGAUUACAGAAAAGAUGGGCACCCUUCCAUCUACAGAAUGCAAUACAAGACAGCAGAAGAACAAAUUGCUGCUGAGCGAUCUCAAGAUUGCAGUCAUUGGUGCUUGCCUGGAGUGCCAGAUACUUGGAAUGAAUUAUUAUAUGCUUCACUCUUGAAGGCUGGGAGGGGAUCUUGGAGAAUCUGAAUAGAGUUGUGCAGAAAUCAUGUGUCUUACAAUAAUUUGUUAUUCUUUAGAUCUUUUCUACCUAUCUUAUCAUCUCAACUAAAAGUUUUUUAGGUUAGGACUAGAAAAUUAUGUUGAUGCAUUGUGAGAAGUACCGAUUAGUAAAAGCUUUGAGUUUCUGGCUUGCCUUUUCCCCUAAUUUUUUCAUUUAGGCGUCCAUUUAGGCAGAGAAUUGUGUGUCAAUGCAGGGUAUGUAGAGUUUGUAUUAAACAAAGCGGCUGAUUUAGUCAUGCAGAUUCAAAAGGUCACCAUGUACAUUUUACUUACCAAUCAAUAAAGGUCUUUCCUCA